AUGAUGCCUGGAGAGCUCCAUGAUUCUGAGGCAAUCUUUGGAAGCAGCGUGAUGUGGCACGCCAUCAAUCCAGCCAGUCGCUAUCCACCGGGCAAAGCAUGCGGCCCACCAUUAUCACUAGUUAUUUAUGAUGCUGGCCCCAGCACCAUCUCCAAGCAUUCCCCUCCUCUUACCAACCGAAGCUACUCCAAAGGCCACGCCGCCGCCCCCGAGCCUAGCAAAGGGUCGAAAGUAGACAAGCUUUCUCGUUGCGCACAAGCGCACCUAAACGGGAAAGCUCUUGACAUUCUCUGCGUCCGAUGCACGGCGACCGCUACGCGGGACCUGCAGGACUGGUAA